GGAGGCGGGACAGAGAUGGGCGGGGAGCAGGAGGAGGAGGAGGCAGGGGGGGACCUUUGGUGCCGCGGAACCUUCGUGCGGUCCCUCGCGGGUCCGGCGGGGGAGCAGCGUGAGGCGCCGGUCGCUAUGGCAGCGGGAUGGUGGGGCUGGGGGCUGCCGGUACUGCCUCUGGUACUGCUGGUGCUGGUCCUGGUGCUGCUCGGGGUCGCCUGCCGCCUGCGCCGCCAUUUCGCGGCCGCCCCGAGGGGAAACGCGGCGGAGAAGGCCGCUGGCGCCCGCGCCUUGGUGCUGACGGCGCACCCUGAUGACGAAGCCAUGUUCUUCGCCCCCACGCUGCUCGCCUUGAGCAGGGCCGGCGGCCGCCCCGCGGUGCUGUGCUGCUCCGCAGGAAACUACUACAAUCAAGGAGAGAUCCGUAAGAAAGAACUGGAACAGAGUUGUUCUCUUCUGGGAAUUCCUGCUUCCAAUGUAACAGUUGUUGAUCACAGGGAUCUUCCAGAUAAUCCUUCUGUUGAAUGGGACACACAGCUCCUCGCUGCCUUUGUGCUGAAGCAUAUAGAAGACAAUAACAUCAACCUGGUGGUAAGCUUUGAUGCGGGAGGAGUGAGUGGUCAUGCUAACCACAUCUCUCUUUACACUGCUUUAAGGUACCUGCAUUCAGAGCAGAAGUUACCUGAAGGGUGCCGUGUGCUUGUACUCGAGUCAGUAAAUCUGUUCCGGAAGUACCUCUCGGUCCUGGAUGUCCCCCUGUCCUGCCUCCUGCCCAGCGAUGCGCUCUUCAUUCUCACGGAGGAGGAGACGGAGCAAGCCAGGAGAGCCAUGCGGUGUCAUCGCAGCCAGAUGCUCUGGUUUCGCCGUGUCUAUAUGCUUUUCUCACGUUAUAUGGUGAUCAAUUCACUCCGUCUUCUGUAAAAGGGACGACGCUCACAACUUCAGGAGUGAAAGAAUGAGCCAAAAAGGGCUGUGCCAGGACAACCUCUGGAGGAAACUCAACUGAUAGCUACUCAAGAGGACAGGAUUCUCUCUAUGUAGCAUUCUUUCAGAUUACAAAAAACUGUUUGUAUAAACUUUCUCCUGAAUAUCUUGUCACCUGAUACAUUGAGAUGAAGAGGGUUUAACAGCUGCUCUAUUUUCUCACUGCAGAAGCUUAAAUAGGGUAAGAAAUUUGAAUUAACCUAGUUAAGAUUCAAAUGCAGGAGUAUUCUGCAUUGGAGAAGAUAUAGCACACACAGUUUUUCCCCAAGAAGAUACAGCUGCAAAGAUGGCUGGGAACUUUUCCUCUUGGUGCUUUUGUAAAAUUCAAAUACCAGGAGAGACUUUUCUAUCAUGCUGUCUCCACAGAUAAAACCAGAACCACAAGACCUGUCUUACUCAGUCAGAACCUCAAAAAGCCAAAGCUUAUGAAUAAAGCAUCAGAAAUUACACAAUUUUCUCUAAUUGCACUCAUAAAGCUGCUACCGCUUCUUUCAGACACAUUGUGUUGCAGGCCCUCCCUUCCUAGUGUCCCUCAUGAAACACGAGCAUUUCUUCUUGCUUCAGAACAUGGGGUUUGAGAUCAGCUCAGAGAAGUCUCAACACGAUGUAAGAAUGAGUUUCAAGAGACUUUGUAGAGCAUAUGUGGAGAUACAAAAAUUGCAAGAGAUGUUUCAGAAGCGGUUCCACCUACCUAAAAGACAACUGCAAGAUCGUCUCCCUUCAUGUUAAAAGCAACUUGAAACGCGAAGCUGGGACAAUGAAGUGUCUGUUCUGUUUCUUUGUGCAAAUGCUGCAGCUGUAAAAGAAAGAGAAAACCUUUCUAGAAGCAGCAGACAAGUUGUAGUGCAGCAAUCAGAUCUAGCUCAGACCUCUUGACAACUGAAAUUCCACUGACAGCUAAAAUGGCUCCUUGUUGGCAUCAAAGAUAUAAGUGGCAAAAGUGGACUCAUGGUAUCAGUGUUUGGCUAAGCAUGCCUGUGGAACAGACUAACCCUACGCAGGUACACCAAGAGGGUAUUUACUCAGAGCAAACAUUAUAUGCUAUUUUUAUUCGCAUAUGCAAUUCUCAAUAGACAUAUCAAGGACGAACUGUAGCCCUGAGAAAUCCAUUUAAUCUUUUAUACCAGAGUUUGCCAACUUUGCCAACAUUAAUUACCUUGCAAACAUGGAAGUGAGAUACAGAGCCUACUCAUGAGCUAGAAGUAAACUAAUUGCAGGCAAGGGAGGGAAUCACUGCUGAAAUCAGACACUGUUGUAGUUUGAGGCACAUGUGGUCAGAAAUGUAAUGUUCACUUGAGAAGACCAAGUUAAAAAAAGCAUUGAUGUGUUUUGAGUACGCUGUACUUAGAGGAAACAUAAAGCAGACGGCUGAGCACCUGUAGUCAUCAGAUCUUUCCCAGCACUUUCUGCAUGAGCAUGGAUGUGAGACCUGAAGUCCAGCCCACAGAUGCAGCAUCUGAAAUCGCCAGCACUGAUCCUAUAUUGGAUCAGGACAUAAUUAGGCUCUAUGGAAACAGAUCAGAGGAUAUUCUGCAGUUGUUUUACGUUGUUUUUGCUGUAAAGCAUUGAUUGGAAAAGCAUAUGAGCUUGUAUUCAUCUAUGAGAACAGGGAACCAAAAAAACUCACUUGCAGUUAAAAACAUGCAGAUCUGCUGAUGCCCAGACUUCAAAGCGGAUGGCUCCGCAGUGACAGCCUCCGGUGUGUUUGACCAAACCUCUGUAUUCACUGGAGAGAGAAGCAACAGAGAGGUUAUGUAAGCAUGCAAUUUUUAAUGGCCCACUAAAUUAUUCAAUUCUGCUUUGAGCACUUGCAGAAAACUGAAAAUGUAUCCACUCAAAUGCAUUUAAAUAAAAAGCUCCAGGGUGAGGUACAGAAUGGUUUUUGUCCUCUGCAGCAAUUGCAUUUCUGGUUUAAUUAAAAUGGCAAAAAGAAAAGGAAAGAAGAGCUUCAGUUCAAGUGGAGUACACUGCGUGCAAUACAGAACGUGUGCUCCCCUGCCACAGUCCAGGUCAAAAUGCUGACCUCAGCUGCAGCACAAUCAGCAAUGCAUAGAAACGAGCGGUAUUAUCGCAAGACAGCCCUCUUGGAACUGGGAAAUGAAUUUUCCCCCAGUUUUUCCACAGCUGCUCCAGUACCACUCAUACUCCUCCAUUUAAAAGCUGGGAUCAGCAGAGACCAGUCGGCUCCCAUAGUGUUUCAAACACCCUUUUGUAUUUUGAUUGCAGAGGAACUUCAUGGAAUCGAGGAAUCUCCAAGCUUGCGCUUCUCCCUCUCCCCUAGGGCGCCUCCAUAGCAACUCGGCAGGACGAAUGUGCCAGGUCAAACACCAACUACAGAGGAAAAACCCUCUUCCUUUCAAAUUUUCCUGUCAAAGCCGGCCGCUGAUGACAGCCUGGUGAUGAUGUGCUGUGCUCCGCGACGGCAGCGCACGGGUGGAGAUCUGGGAGGUGAGCCUCGCAGGGCCCCAAGGGCAUUUGUGAAAGGAGGGCCCCGAGGUUCUGCAGACUUCACAGGACACCCGCUUUUUGCUUGAGGGGUCUCCCCCUGCCCGGCAGCUCUCCGUGCCGCCCGGCCCCCUACUCACUCACAAGGCGUCCAGCAGCAGCCGCGCCGCCUCCUCACAGCUCAGCCGGUGCCGCUCAAGGAAGGCGGCCCACCGCCCGCUCUGCGCCCCCAGAUCGAAGGCGGCGGGCCCGGGGGGCACCUCCUUCUCCCCGGGCCCUGUCCGGGAGCCGCCCGCCUUCUUCCCUCGCCCCCCGCGGCUCCCGGCCCCGGGGGAGGCGGCAGCAGCGCUGCCCCGCCGGGACCGCCGCGCCCGGCUCGCCUCGGCUCGCCCCAUGCGGCCCGGCUGAGGCGCGGCCGCCAGGGGGCAGCCGAGGAAAGGCCCGGCUGAGGGGGGCGGACAGAAGUACCUCACGGCGCCAUGGGUCCGAGCGCCGGGGUGCUCCCUCUUGCCCCGGUGAAUAUUGUGAGGUGAAGAUUCACAGAGCGGCAGGGUGUCGAGCUCAGUGUGCCUGCUGGCUCGUAGAAUACACUGUAAUGGUAGGAAUGCCAGUUAUUCACAAGCGAUAGUGUGAGGUUUUGCCUUUAAUUAUAAACAUAAUGUGCCUCACCUCAUGGAUUCAGGUGUUUCGCACAUCUGAGGUGCUAUUAAAACGAUGUGGCUUCACACCUCUGCAAUGCACCCAUCGUCGUUUAAAAACAAGGCUGCUAUUUAACAGUGCUCCAGUGUAUCAGUGUGCACCUUUGGAAGCACAUUGGGUCCCUGUCCUUCCUUGAGGUUGGAAAUCACUACAGCAGCCUCGAAGAGAAAUGGGUUUUAACCCGAGUCCCACUAGACAACUUUUCAGAAAUUCUGUCGCCAGAGUCUUUAAGUUAAAAAGGAAAAUGAUCAAGAUAGUACAGACUUUAAAAACAAAACAAAGAACACCCCACCAGCACCAAAAAACACUUCUGAAAGCACCUCUUUCAUGGUAAAUAACCUAGAAAAUCUUAUUGCACACCUGUAGGAUAAAGCUGCUUCUCAGGUAAAAUUGUUCAGUGCAGGGGAGAAGUAUAAAACUUGCAGGCAUUCAAUUUGCAUUUGGUAGGAAAAAUAAAAUCACUCUAAGGCUGAAUGUCCAGUGCUGCAGGAGUGGAAGUUUAUUUUGUCUGAGUUACAAUCAAUAACUUGUAUUUUCAGCAGUUCUUUAUGUCUUGCUCUUCUCAAGAUGGGGAACAGGGAAAGAUGUAAACAAGAGAGCUGCCAGUUUGGUCUGGGGCAGAAGGUCCCGUCUUGUCCACGAAGACAGCAAAGCAACUGGAAGAUGAUGAAGCAACCAUCAGCACUCUCUGAUCUGGAAAACAGCUUUAAAAACAUGCGACUACAGUGUGUAGGCUGCCUCCUUAGAUGGCACAUACCUGGACUCGAAUAACAAUCCUGUGGCUCAGCAUGUCCCUUCUCUGAUGAUAGGAAAGGGUACAGAGUUACAAUUUCCUGUUAUUCCCCAUGUGAACCUCUGUACUCAUUAUUCAUCCUAAUGGAACCAUUUUAAAUACACUGUACGUGACGAGCUCUGGUCCAUGCCAGCAUGUUCAUCUGUAGCUCCUGAUCUGAGCCACUCCCAGACCUCCUUUAGUCACGCUAGAUUUCAUGUUAGUCACCUUAUAUUUUGGGAGGAAAAGUCACUGAGGUGAAACUGGAGAUUGUGAGCUAAAACUGACUCUGUGUAGUUUGCACCAUGGCUUCAUCUGCCUGCAGUGCGGGGUACAGCCCGCAGCAGUUGCAGGUUUCAGUGUCCCGUGCUCUGUCCUCUGAAAACAGGGCCUGCACUGAGUAUAUUUUAGGAGCUGAUCAAAUGUCUGCAGGAUGAGCAAAUACUAAAAUUUGUACACUCUGAAAAAGCAGUUCCUGUGUGAAAACCAGAGUGAGUGUGUAAUGAGUCUGUGUAAUAUGGUGAAAUAUGUCACUCUCAGCUCACCUCCACAUUUUAAAUGUAGAAGGCAUUUUGAGAAGCCAAAUUCUGUUUCAAGAAAAAGAACUACAAGACAAAACUGGACAAGCAAAAUGCAGGCUUGUUUCAGAAAGUUAUAGACAAAAUAUUCUUUCUACUUCUUCAUUUGUUUCAUGUUUUAUUACAAAGGACUCUUAAAGCUCAAAAUUGGGUCUCAAAUAAACAAUACAAGAGCUUUUUAGUAGGUCUCUGGCUGAUGAUGAAUUCCACUGGUAUUCUGAUUGCAAGUCCUAAAUUAUAGUUGUUGCAUGUUGUAUUGUUAGUAUACAUGGGUGUGUUGGGCAGUGCUCAGUGUUCAAAGAGUUAACAGCUUUCACUCGGAUAUUGAUUACUUCCAAACCUGAUGCAAGGCUUGCCAAACUUCAGUAGAAGUAAGUAGCUUGAUGAAGAAUGUUCUGUUCUUAAGCUUCUGAGACAAGGUGGAAAAAA